AUGAUCUUUUCUCUCAUUUGCCUACUUCUCCUCCUAGCCGCCCCUCUCACCCUCGGUGCUCCGCGACGGGCCCUCUCACCUCCCCGGCAGCGAGAAACCAUCCUCGAUGUGGACUUCAACGGUGACGGUGAAGACAUGGUCAAAGAGAUUCUCAACCGGCCCUAUAGCACGAGACACAAAGACGGCAGCGAUAGUAACAAGCCCUUUUACGGCGUCCGCUUCUCCGAGAGCGAUGAGGGCAGAGUGCGGGUGGCGCGGGCUGAUCCGUUCAACAUGGAGGCAUUACGGACGGUUAUCGAGGAACAUGAUCUAGAGUGGGACUUAAUCGAGGAGGUUAAGGAUGACGAAGAAGUUUCUGACGAAGAUCUUUCUGAGGACGGGACGGAUGAAGUUGUCAGGAGAGUCCACGAGCAAGGCACCUUGAAUGAAGAUGCGUACUCUGAUCCUGAGAGGAGAGAUGUCGAGGACGGUCCGUGGAACCCGGUCCUCAGAGACGGAGGGAGCAGUGAAGAUCCCUUUGAGAAGCCAAAGUUCCGCGAGGGACAGGGGGGGUUCGUUCAGUGCGCGGGAUGCUCCGAUACCAGAGGUGGUUCCGAUGGUUGGAAGAGAUCUACGCCCUCUGUUGAGCGGGCAAACACCUCCUCCGCCGCCGCCGCGAACGAAACUCAUCAUCGGCACCCAGCAGACCUCCUUGACGCCCUCGAUCGCAGCAACGCCAGCCCAUUAGCAUGGGACCUACCCACCACCACCUCCUCCACCACCUCCUCCCUCCGAAAGCGCGGAGAAACAGACUGGACCUGCAACCGCAUCGGCCAAAAAAACACCAAAGAAGCUCUGUUGAUCAUGUACAACGUCUUCAACAACGUAUUCGGUACCGAGCCUCUACGAGGCCUGACGAACCAGUGCUACGUGGCCGAAUGCCAGGACUGGUACUUCAGUUACUGCCAAAUGUCAGUCGAUGUAAAAGAGGAGAGGCCCGGCGCGCGGAAGAAGGUGGUUGAUCGCGACCCGGGGAAGGGAGGGUCGUGUUAUGCGGUCGCGGACGGGGAGGAUUCGAACCGGUACCAUCGGUACUUUUUUGGGCAUGUUAGUGCGAAUCCGAUUCCGAAUUAUAGUGGGGGGUUUAAUGUUAGGAGGUGUAAUUGAGAGGGUUGGAUGAGUAGGAGUUAGUUAAUGUGUAGAUGUAUGCUGGACGUUUUGGCCUGUUACGGCACUCCAAGGCACAUUGAUCAGGGCUUGUGAGUAAUUCAUCUGUCGCCCUCUUUCGGAAAGAAGAAGAAAAACUAGGAUUAUGGCAUCAAAGCAUUUUCAUCUCAAUGAUCAUGUGUGAUCUCGGUUGUAAGACUUUCGCGCAGUUCAAAU